AUGAAUAUAGUGGUGACAAAUUAUGGGAUAUUAAGGAAAAAUUUUAUUAGAACAUAUUUAGCAAAUAAAAUAAAUACAAUCAAAGGGACGUACAAAAAUAUUUGCAUAUAUCAUGUAGAUAUAAAAAGAUAUUGCCAUUACAAAAGUAGAAGUAAAAUAAAAUGUAAAAAUAAUGGUGUGAUGAAUAAGGAUAUGAAUUUUAUAUGUGAUGAACUGAAAGAAAAAUAUAUAGAUAAUAAUCAUAUGAAUAAUGUACAUAACAAUAAUAGUUAUAAUAAUUUUAAUACUUUUUAUGAAAAUGGAAAUAAUAAAGACAACUUUAAUGUAUCAAAAAAAUGUGUAGGAAAAAAAGUUAUACGAGAUACAUUUAUAAAUAAGAUUAAGGAAGGCACGUUGUCCCUACUAAAUUUAGAAAUAGAAGAAUUAAAUUAUGAAGAACUAUUAAAAUAUAAGAAUAUAAAAAAAGUUGUAGUAAUGAAAAAUAAAUUGACAAUAUUAAAAUAUUUUAAUAGCUAUUUAUUAAAAAAUAAUAAAGGGAAAUAUUAUAUAUUAAAAGUGUUAAUGUUUUGUAUUGUUAAAGAUAUACAUAAAUAUAAAAACAAUGAAUUAAUAUACAUUUUAUAUAUAUAUAAAUAUCAUAAUUAUUUAAAUCCAUUUUUAAUAUUACAUAUAAUAGAUAAACUAUGUUGUGAUAAUUAUAUAUAUAAUAUGAAUAUAAAAGAAUUUGUCUUUUUAUUAGAUAUUUUAAAUGUGCCACUUGUUAUGACAAAUAAAUUUAUUCAAAAUAUUAUGGAUUAUAUAAAUAUCAAUCAAAAUAAAAUAAAAUAUUGUAAAUAUUAUUUUGAUAUAGCUUAUUUUUUAGCGAAAAAUAAUUUGUAUAAUAAAUAUAUAUUUGAUACAAUCGCACAAUAUUAUACAUCACAUUCAUAUAAUUUUGAGUUAUCCAUUUUGUAUAUGUUUAAUAAUGAACAUAAAAAUAUUAAUAGGAAUAAUAAUGCUUUUCCUAUUAAAGGGAGUUACAACAUAAAUAAUAACAUCGUAGAUAUAAACAUAUGUGAAGAAUUAAUAAAUAAUGAUGAUUAUUUAAAUGUUAAACAAAGGAAUAUGUUAAAAAAAGUCGAAUCUGAUAAUGGUUGUUAUGAUAAUACAUAUGAUAAUAAUAAUAUAAUAAAUUUCAAGAGAGAAAUACAUAAACAUUUAUAUAUACUAUCCAAAUAUGGAUAUAAGAAUAUCCAAAUAUAUAAUAACAUGUUCAAGAUCAUAAUUUUUUCAUGUAACCAUUUUAAACCUUUUGAAGUUAGUUCAAUUUUCAAAUCUUUGAAAAAUAUAAAUUAUUUUAACAUUGUUUUAUUAGAAAAAUUGACUAGUACAUUAAAAAAAAAUAUUAGUCAAUAUAAGACAAGUUUAUUAUUAGAUUGUUUAAAUACAUUAUCUUAUUUUAAUUACAAAGAUGAUAAUAUUAUAACUACAAUAUUAAUUAAUUUACCAAGGAAUAUAUCAACAUAUACGUCUAAUCAGUUUUUAAAAUUAGUAUAUUUUAUGGAUAAUUUUAUACCUUUUUCAAUAUAUUUUAAUAUAUUUUUAAAUAAACAAAUUUGUAUAUUUUCUUCCUCUUUUGGAUUAUGUCAUCUUAUUUCUUUAUUAAAAAUAUUUACUCACCAAAAUUUAAUAUCUAAUCCUAUUUUAUAUUUGUUAAGAAUAAAAAUUAGUAAAUAUAAUAAAUCAUUAACAUAUAAUGAUAUAAAAAGUAAACAUAUAAAUGAAAAACCGGAUGAAAUCUUCCCUUCAAUAAAUUACACAGGCAAUAUAAAAAUAAGUUAUAAAGAUAUAUAUUCAAUAUUUUAUCAUAUGCAUUUAAUGAGAGUACAGUAUAUGGACUUGGCUAUAAAAUGUAUAGAAUGUAUAUUUUUUAUGGAAAAAAAUUUUAAAAAUAUAUUUUCUGAGGAUAUAGAAUAUAUAACAAAUUCAUGUUGUUAUUUCUUAUUACUUAAUGAUAAUUAUGAUGAUCCAUUUUUAAGAAAAUUUAUAAAUGUUCAUAUAGAAAAUUUUUUUUCUUUCGUCGCUUCAAAUUUUGUAAAAAAUGAAUCACUGGAAAAAAAAAAUGAAUGUAUAAAUGGUAAUAUGGAAAUGGAAAAAAUAAAUGAUAAUAAUAAUAAUAAUAAGAAGAAGAAGAAAUAUAAAACGUACAAUAUCAAGAUGGACGAUAUCAAGAUGGACGAUAUCAAAAUGGAUGAUAUCAAAAUGGGUGAUAUACAUUUUGCACAUUAUGAAAAAAACAAUGGAACAAUACAUUUUAAUAAUAAAAUUAAUUACAAUGAACAAAUUAUAGAUAUACAAAACAAUAAUAAUGAUAAAAAAAAUCUAUAUUUGGCAUUUAAUAAAAAAAAAAAUGUUUAUGCAAUAAUCAUAUUAACACUUAUAAAUGAAUUAGUAUACCAAAAUUCAAUAAAAAAAAUAUCCAAUAUAAUACACAACUUUAAUUUGGAAUAUAUAAAAAAUAAUAUAUAUGUCUUUUUACAACACUUUAAUAAUGAAAAAAAUGAGAAAGAAAAAUGUGAUACUAUAUAUAUACUUGAGAAAUUAUUUCCAUUACUCUAUUUCCCUAAGAUAAAUAAUGUACAUUUGAAAAAUAUAAGUAGAAAUAAUUUUAAUAUAUCUACUUUCAAUUUAACAUAUGUUCAAAAUGGAUAUAAUAAUUAUUUGAAAAGUGAACAUAUUAAAAAAGAAAUAAUAUCCAACCAAUAUAUACUCAAUGAAAUAUAUAAAAUAUUACGAAGUUUAAAACAAAAGAAUUAUAUUUUUAAAUUGAUAAAUAAAAGCCACACAAAAUCUUUCUUUUUAUAUAAUCAUUAUAUAUAUGUAAAAAAUAUAAGGAAUGGAGAUAAAAUAGCCAUCUUAUUUGCAUCAAAAAAUUAUUAUUAUAAUACGAUAGACGAUGCUAAUUUGGGAUUAACUUCUAAAAUGGGGAAAAAAAUAUUUGAAAAGAAAAAAUUUACAAAAGAAGCUAUAACACAAAUAGAGUAUUUUAAAAUAUAUUUUAAUAAGGUAUAUUUAGUAGAAUUUUAUACAUGGGAAAAUAUGAUAAAUAUCCAGGAAAAAAAGGAUUAUCUUGUAAAUUUGUUGAACAUAUGA